AAUAUUUAUUCCCGCCACUUUCACGGAAUUCUUUAUCCUGAUUCCUGACCAUGGUGGUCUUAAGACUCUCUACACCCACUCGUUCUUCACUCGUCUCUGCAAUCAAGUGCUCCACAAGCCACAAACAUCUUCCUUCUGGGAAAUCCAUUCACGCCCAGAUUAUCAAACUCGGUUUGUUACCUGAAACCCAACUCUUCAAUCACCUAGUAAACUUCUAUGCUAAGUCUUCGGAUUUCUUCUCUGCCCAAGAAGUCUUCGAUGAAAUGCCUGAGAAGAAUUUGGUCUCCUUUUCUAGCUUAAUUUCUGGCUAUUCACAAUCGAACACUCCUCAGUGUGCCCUAGAACUUGUACCUCAUUUGCGAAAAUUGGAUCUAAGUUUAAACGAGUUUGUUUUCUCAAGCUUGAUUCUGGCUUGUUCAAAGCUGAAACGUGUUAACGAAGGGAAGCAAAUCCAUGCACUGGUGGUUGUUUCUGAUUUUGAAUCAAACCCGUUUGUGAAAACCUCUCUCAUUGAUAUGUACUCAAAGUUUGAUGACUUGGACUCUGCCAUUUCUCUUUUCAGUUCAAGCCCAAUUGGAGAUCCUGUACUCUAUAAUUCAAUGAUCUCUGGACUUGUGACCUUCUGUUCUUAUGAAGAAGCAAUUGAAUUGUUUGUGGAGGCACGACGUGCAAUUGAUCUAAGACCAACAGAGUUUACUUUCGGAAGUAUUAUCAAGGCUUGCUCAAAUUGCAGGAGAGAGGUUGGUAAACAAAUGCAUGGCUACAUCUUAAAGACUGGAUUUGAGUCCAAUUGCUUUGUUGGAACCUCUCUUAUUGACAUGUAUGGUAAAUUAGGUGAUAUGGGAAAUUUGAUAAAGAUUUUCCAUAGCAUUACAUCCAUCGACCUUGCUUUGUACAAUUCAAUGAUCGUUGGAUUUUCAAAUAAUGAUCUUCACCAAACUGCAUUGAGGUUCUAUGGUGAAUUGAAGUUACAAGGUUUUAGUCCAGAUGAGUCGACUUUCUCUAGUGUUCUUAAAGCUUGUGGUGGCUUAAAUCAUAUAGGGUGGGGAAUGAUAAUCCAUGGAGCCGUGCUGAAGUCUGUGUUCCAGAGAGACCUGGUUAUUAACACUGCCUUGAUUGAUAUGUACAUGAAAUGUGGGAACAUUGAGGAGAGUUGUAGAUUGUUUGAAUCUAUGCCUGAAAGAAAUGUAGUUGUAUACAACUCCAUGAUUUGUGGGUAUGGACACAGUGGAAACUUUGUCAAAGCAAUUAGUUUAUUUGUUGAUAUGAGUCGUAGGAGGAUUGAUCCUAAUCAUGCUACAUUUGUUGCUUUGAUGAACUCAUGUUCUGGUCAUGAGAGGAGCAUCUACCCUCAUGUGAUUAAGCAGGGUUUUGGAUGGGAUUUGACAGUGCAGAAUGCUCUUUUGGAUGGCCUUAUCAAAGAUGGAGCAGUUGCUGAAUCCCAAUGGUUUUUCAAUAAAAUGCAUGAAAGGGAUGUUGUUUCAUGGACAACAAUCAUAUCAGGAUUGUCUCAGUUGGGUAUGCAUACAGAUGCUCUGGAACUCUUCAAAGAGAUGCAAUUCGCUAAGGUUUGUCCCAAUAGUUUUACUCUGUCUAGUGUUUUAAAGGCAUGUGGUAGUUUAGUUGACUUGGGACAAGGGAGAUGUAUCCAUGGAUGUACUAUAAAACAUGGGAUCAUAGAUGAGUUCAUUGAUAGUGCACUUUUGGACAUGUAUGCUAAAUGUGGGGCCUUCGAGGAGAGUAGCAGACUGUUUGAUGUGUCACGUAAAGUAGAUGUAGUAUCUUGGAAUACAAUGAUCGCAGGGUAUGCCCAACAUGGGAAUGGUCACGGGGCCCUAAAUAUUUUUGAAAGUAUGAAGGAGCAUGGAGUUGAACCAAACCAGGUGACCUUCACAUCUUUAUUGUCUGCCUGUAGCCAUUGUGGGCUAGUAGAUGAUGGUGUUCGAGUCUUUGAAUCAAUAUCUUGUAAACAUGGUAUGGUACCCUCCAUUGAACACUAUGCAUGCAUGGUUGAUGUGUUUGGCAGGGCUGGAAUGCUGGAUAGAGCAAAGCUCCUGAUCGAGAACAUGCCAUUCAGACCUGAUAUAUCUAUCUGGAAUACAUUCUUAGCCGCUUGUAAGCUUCAUGGGGAUAUCGCACUUGCCCAGCUUGCCAAAGACCACAUUUUGGGUAUGGAAGGUCAAGAUACCACGUCUGUCAUUCUGAUGUCUAACAUUUAUUCUGAAAUAGGUCAUUGGGAUGAUGUAGAGAGGCUGAGGAGGAGUAUCAAAGAUAAAGGAGGAAGAAAAGAGCCAGGACUCAGCUGGGUGCAGAUAAAAGAGACUGACAAGUCAUGAGCCUUGUGCUAAUAAUCAUACUCAAUUGAUCCAAGUUUUAAUAGUGAAAGAGAAGACCCUGAAAUACAAACUACUGCUAAUGGCAGGUUGUAACUAUGAGCUGAGCUCAUCUCAUUUCUUUGGAACACUUGAGCAUGACCCACAAGCAAUGUCAGGGGUCAAACCCCCUAAUUCAUGUCCAUAUUUCUUACCAGCUUCAUCAAAUUUAUGUGACAGCCUUCUACUUCAAGGUAAAGCAAGAAGUGCUUGUGACAUUAAUAUAUAUUUCAAAAUUAUUGGGUUUGGACACAAUUCUGACUGCUGGUUAAUUUUAAAUGGUCCAUUUAACCAUUGAUCUGGCUUCAUCAUCUGAAGUAUCUUAGAAUUCAGUAAGGAAGAAUUUCACAUGGCCAUCAUUUUCGAGCAACCAUCUAUGAAAUGUCAUAUGCUUGAUAUCAUCCGACCAUUUCAAAGCUACAAUUUG